UUGCAGACUUGACCGAAUUUUAGAGGCACGCACACAUAGGAGGAAACUGCUUCUCCCACUCAAACCUCCACAUCUGAGACUAAACUUUUCCGCCCCCUCCACUCUUCUCUUCAGUAGUAAUACCCGGAUCUGCUCGCCGCUCACACAGGAAUAUCUCACUGAGGAGAGAAGACGCAGAGCUCAACUGAGAGGAAACGUUGAUUCACACUGUGCUGAUUUCUUUCCUGGGGGAGGGGGGGACUUGAAAGUCGACAUCGCCAUGUCUGGUUCUGGUGCGUCGGAUCACAGUCGGCGGUUCUGUGUGCUGUCUUGGGAUCAGGUGCAGCGCUUGGACUCGAUCCUGGGCGAGGCUAUCCCCAUCCACGGCCGGGGAAACUUCCCCACUCUCUCCGUGCAACCCCGACAGAUUGUCCAGGUUGUGCGAGCGAGGCUGGAGGAGAGAGGUGUGUGUGUUAAGGAUGUGAGGUUGAACGGCUCAGCUGCCAGCCAUGUGCUCCAUCAGGACACAGGACUGGGCUACAAGGACCUCGACCUGAUCUUUGGUGUGUCGCUGAAAGAUGACCAGGCCUUCCGUCUGGUGAAAGACGUCGUGCUGGACUCCCUGUUGGACUUCUUGCCAGCUGGGGUCUCUAAGGAGCGCAUCACAGCACUAACCCUCAAAGAAGCCUACGUACAGAAACUUGUGAAAGUCUGCAAUGACACGGACCGCUGGAGCCUUAUCUCGCUGUCCAACAACACCAGGCAAGAAUGUGGAGCUUAAGUUGUGGACUCUUUACGGCGGCAGUUUGAAUUCAGUGACUCCUUCCAGAUUUGCCUUGAUUCUCUGCUGUUGUUUGACCGCUGCUCUGAGACGCCAAUGUCUGAGAGCUUUCACCCCACCGUGAUUGAAAGUGUGUACGGGGACUUCAAGGAGGCUAUGGAACAUCUGUGUCAGAGGACCAUAGCUACUCGCACCCCUGAAGAAAUCAGAGGGGGGGGCUUAUUGAAGUACUGCCACCUGCUUGUGCGAGGCUUUAGACCCUCGUCAGAGGCGGACAUGAAACAGAUGCAGCGCUACAUGUGCUCACGCUUCUUCAUCGACUUCCCUGACAUAGGUGAGCAGCAGAGAAAGCUCGAGGCUUACCUGCAAAACCACUUCGCUGGGAUGGAGCACAAACGGUACGAGUGCCUCAUGACUCUGCACCAAGUAGUGAACGAGAGCACCGUGUGCCUGAUGGGCCACGAGCGGCGCCAGACGCUCAGCCUCAUCUCCAUGCUGGCGCUGAAGGUGCUCGCUGAGCAGAAUGCUAUCCCCACUGUAACGAAUGUCACCUGUUAUUACCAGCCAGCGCCGUAUGUGCAGGACAUUAACUUCAGUAAUUUUAUUGCGCAUGUGCAGCCACCGCAGGUCACUGCGUGCAGUACUUCAUAUCAGACAUGGCUGCCCUGCAGCUGAGCUGGUGUCAAGGCGCAGAAAAUCACUGUGUCUCCAUCACUAUUUCAAAGGAUGUGGACUGAAAACAAACAAAGAACCCAUUUGCCAAAUGUGACUUGAC